AUGCCUUAUAUGAGAUACAGUCGUAAAGUAUGGGAAGGAGUGAAAGCAGCUAACCCAGAGUUGAAAUUAUGGGAAAUUGGUAAAAUUAUUGGUGGUAUGUGGCGAGAUUUAGUAGAUGUGGAUAAACAAGAAUUUAUUGAAGAGUAUGAAUCUGAAAAGUCACAAUAUAAUGAAGCUAUGAAGGCAUACCAUAAUUCACCUGCUUAUCAAGCUUGGGUUUCUGCCAAAAGUAGAGCUGCUGCCGAAGCUGCUAUUGAAGAAGAAGAAAGAUCUUCUGAAAUGCCUAGAAUUAGUAUACAACCUGCAGAGGAUGAAGAUGAAGCUGAUGAUGGGUUCUCAGUUAAACAUAUAGCUCAUGCUCGUUAUACCAGAAAUCAUCGAUUAAUUAAUGAUAUAUUUAGUGAGAGUGUAGUACCAGAUGUAAGAACUGUGGUUACUACUGGUAGAAUGAGUGUAUUGAAACGUCAAGUACAAUCUUUAACCAUGCAUCAGAAAAAAUUAGAAAAUGAAUUACAAACUAUAGAAGAAAAACAUGAUUCUAAAAAACGUAAAUUCAUGGAAUCUAGUCAACAAUUUCAUGAAGAUCUGAAAAAGCUAUGUGAAAGUAAACCACAGAUAACAGAAGAAAUGAUCAAUGGAAUGAUUACUAAAGCUAAAGAUGAUAUUAAAACUAGACAGAAUCAAACACAACAACAAGAUGAAGAUAAAAGUAAAGCUGAUAUAAAGAAAAAGAAAGAGGAUGAAGAGAAAAGUUCUGAAGAAAUGGAAACUGAUCAAAAACCUAGUGAUGAAGAUGAGAAAAUGGAAGUAGAUUCUACACAAACUGAAGAAAAUACUGAAGAAGAAGGUAUGUCAUGUAUCAUUUACAUUGUGUUGGUUUAA